UACUACCGCCUCUCGAGUCGCAUUUCAACAGCGAUAAUCAAAGCGACUACACGACAGAGUUGUACGCAGCAUCCACGCACGUCCAUCUGAUUCAACAUACAUCGCAUCGCCCGCGUGAGACGAGCAAGGAGAAAACGUUAUUAUUAGUGCGACGAAUCAAUCGUUCCUGAUCUUUUUUUCUACUAGAUUUUACUCAGCCACCAAGUGGAAGGAACACCGUCACCUAUCGUCUCAGGGAGGGCUUCCAAAAUCCCUCCCAUCUACGAACGUCCAACAACCAGCAACAUUUCAUUUGAGGAAGGAGGUGUUCAUAACGUAUCAAAAUCAUGCAACCGUCAGCCGCAGCCGUUAUCUGUUACUCGUGGCGUGAGAUCGCGGCCACUGGGCGAUGCCACCUCGACGAAGGUCGAGACAAUACCUCUCCUAAGCCCGACAAUGGAGUCCGAAUUUUUGAAAGAGCCCUGGAUAUUCCCGCACACAAAGACAAAUUCUUCUACGAGAAAAGAGGCCACCGCGGCAUUUCCCGCUUGGGAGGAGGACUUUCAGGAUCUGAGCAGCUGGUGCAUGGAUACGUUCCAGGCUCAAUGCGAUUUUCAUAUAGGUGAAUCGACUACAUUUAAACUAUCAGGUACGAAAUACGAGGGUAACGGCGUUUUGACUGUAGAAGAAGAGGGGACAUUAAAGGAUUUGAAGAGUACGACUGAUGAUGAGAAGUUGAGUUUGAAAAUGAAUACCGUUAAGACGAUCGAAGAUUCAAGUGACAAUAAUCAUCUGUUGCUAUCUCCAUCUGAACUGGUUAACGAUUAUGGAUUAAAGUAUAAUAAUGAGGAGAAGAAGGCAACCAACUCGUGGUUAAUGUCACCCGAAUCUAUAGCUUCUACAAGUACCGCGUCGAGUAAAAAACAUAACGCAGAUGCCGACGCGUUGCUUCAAGCCGAGUAUCGCGCAAACAACGAUCUGGCUUGCCCGACUUCACCGUUCGACUCCACCACAAAUCAGCGUGAAACAUGGGAUGAACUAUGUACGAUCGAGACGACCGGAUCGGACACGUUCGACCUGCUAUCGUAUCUCUGUGACGAUGAAAUGCGUUCACUGGAAGGCAGUGUUUCCACCGAUUCUUCGGCCAUGCUGAAACUCAGGUCGCACUCGAUGGUGUUGCCACCGUUAUUCUCGCCUUCUUCCGCAAAGGUGAAGGAGGAAGAAAUCAAUGAACCAACGACAUCAAGGUGUCGGAGGAUGUCAACACGUGCAACAUCGACGGUGACUUCAUCGUCGACCUCGUCAUCGGUGGAAGCUCCCAUAGCGUCUCGUAGAUCGGAGAGGGCGAGGACCAUUAGUACCAAAGCUGCUAGCAAGGAAAGAGAGAUAAUCGUUAGAACAAAGACGAGAGAAAAGAAAGAAAGAAAGAGGUACUAUGAAGAGAGCGAUUCUGAGGACGAUAUCACACUGUCGCAAUAUAGGGAGUGUCGGGAAAAAAAUAAUGAGGCAUCACGAAGAUCACGGAUGAAUAAAAAGGCCAAGGAAUCGGAAAUGAGCAUUAAGGCGAUCAAGUUGGAAAGGGAUAACAAGAUACUGAAGAUGAAGGUCGAGGAGCUAGAAAAAUUGGUGACGUCGAUGCGCAACGCGUUAUUACGAUCUGCUUUAAAAGGGGUGUUUUAAGAAUACACGCGUUACUUAAUAUCUAGACGUAUGUACAGAAUUGCCGCGUGCGCAUAAUUCAAUUAAUAACAUAUAUACACUUUUCUUUUUUUAUGGCAUACACCAUCUCAUCACGCAAUGUCUAAAGAAAUUAUGCAAACUUUAAUGUUGACUUAUUUGUCUUAAUGGAAUUAUAACGACGCCCUUGAGGCUUAUUAUUACUCGUUAUUAUUUUGAUGCUGUUUUAUCGAGAGGCGUUUUUUUUUUAUUGACAUAACGUCUCCCUAUAAAUAUUUAUAUAUCUUGUACAAUUAAUUUGCUCCGACUAAAGUAAUUAUGAACAAGUGAUAGAUUAUUCAUACUAUUUGCUGCAUAAUAUGCGUUAAAAAUUUAACGUUUAGCUAUAUGUCGGUACACGGAGAUACUGUAUAUUAUAAGCAAGAGUUUAUUUUGCUAUAAUGAAAGAAAAAGGGAAAAACCGAAAUUAAAAUGUAUUUUACGAAAUACACACAUACAUAUAUAUGCAUGUAUGUAAUAUAUAGCUUAUAAAUUACUCGGUGUAUAAUUCAAAAACGGUACUACACACGAGUAAAAAAAAAUAGGCAUACAAUUUUAAAUGAUAAUUGAUAUCGUUAUCGAAAAGUAGAUUUUAAUCGGAACAAAAUUGCAUAGUCAUAUAUUUUGUUCAGCCUUGUAUUGUACCUGAUAUGAGAAAAAGAAAAAAGUAAAGCAUGCAUAAAUACAUAUAUAUAUAUAUAUAUAUAUAUAUAUAUAUAUAUAUAUAUAUAUAGACAGAGAGAGAGAGAGAAAGAGGAGACAGGAUUUUAUUGCUGAAAAGCGUGUAUAAUCACAGACUUCUAUAUAUAUUAUACCUAUUUUGCUAACACGACUAUGUUUCAUAUGAAAUGUGAAACAAAGACACCCAUUUACAAUUAGGCAGAAUAUCGUAUCAAAUAUCGCAAAAUUCGAUACGUGUCAUUGAUAAGGUAAAAGAUCAAGUUUGUUAUAUUAAAUAGAAAAAAUAUACAAUACUAAACUAUAAAUUUUGCGCAGCUUUGUUAAUACUUCCCAUACAGAUCUCCAUUUGCGCAUUUGGCACUGGAUCUGCCAAAAUACGCUAUAUGAUUGCAGGUCUAUCUGAUGUAACAUGUUCAAUAUUUAUUGUAAACAGAAUAGAUGAAAACUGCACAAUCAUUAUUCGAUCUAGAGCGACGAAAUGGAAAUAAUAGAUAUAUUUUUAAAUCAAGUAUUUCUUCGAUAAGUGGAAAUAUCUAUACCAGUGUUGUGUUAUGUAAUUAUAUUCAUAAUUUGCGAAUAGUGUAUAUUAUAAUUGUAUAUUAAUCCAACUUAUCUAUAUAUAUUCUGCUUAAUUAUAAAUGGUUUCCUUGACUUCAGCUGUCACAGUGUUGUUAGCAAUCUAGGUAUAAUAUAUAGAAGUAUGUAUAAUUGAUGAUAGUGUGGUUUUCUACUACUGUAUGAAUUUGGACGAUAUUGAUACGAUGUAAAAGCAAAGUCGAAUAAAAACUUUAUUUUGAAAAAUCAAA